UGCACGCCCCAGAGUCGCUCCUCCAGCACCAUGUUCUCCGGCCGAAUGGAGGGAGCCCGCAGGGGACGGUCCUUCGACUCCAUGAACUCCAGCUUCGAGGAGAACCAGCUGAAUAACGAGUUAAAUAAGUCAAAUUACACAAUGAUUGAAGACAAUAAAGAGAACAAAGACAAUUCAGCUGAAAGAGGUAGAGCAGCUGUCAUUUUUUCCUUAAAGAAUGAAGUUGGAGGACUUGUAAAAGCGCUAAAACUCUUUCAGGAGAAACAUGUAAAUCUGAUGCACAUCGAGUCCCGAAAGUCAAGGCGAAGAAAUUCAGAGUUUGAGAUCUUUGUGGACUGCGAUAGUAACAUGGAACAACUGAAUGAGAUCUUCAGCCUACUGAAAUCCCACGUCAAUAUUGUAUCCGUGAACCCCACAGAUAAUGUCACUGUGCAGGAGGAUGACAUGGAGAAUACACCGUGGUUUCCUAAGAAGAUCUCAGAUUUGGAUAAAUGUGCGAACCGUGUUCUGAUGUAUGGGUCUGAAUUGGAUGCUGACCAUCCAGGUUUCAAAGACAAUGUCUAUCGUAAGAGGCGAAAGUAUUUUGCAGACUUAGCUAUGAACUACAAACACGGUGACCCAAUCCCCAAGAUUGAAUUCACUGAGGAGGAGAUCAAGACUUGGGGCACUGUAUUCAGAGAGCUCAAUAAGCUCUACCCAACUCAUGCCUGCAGAGAGUACCUUAAAAACUUACCCUUACUCACCAAAUACUGUGGGUACCGAGAAGACAAUAUCCCCCAGCUGGAAGAUGUAUCGUGCUUCCUGAAAGAGCGGACAGGUUUCACCAUCCGUCCAGUUGCCGGAUAUUUGUCACCCAGAGAUUUCUUGGCAGGCUUAGCAUUCAGAGUUUUUCACUGCACUCAGUAUGUUAGGCACAGCUCGGACCCUCUCUACACCCCAGAGCCCGAUACCUGUCAUGAACUCCUGGGUCAUGUCCCACUCUUGGCUGAACCCAGUUUUGCUCAGUUCUCCCAGGAAAUUGGCCUGGCAUCGCUUGGGGCAUCAGAUGAGGCUGUUCAAAAACUGGCAACAUGCUACUUCUUCACAGUGGAAUUUGGUUUAUGUAAGCAAGAGGGACAGCUACGAGUCUAUGGGGCUGGUUUACUUUCUUCCAUCAGUGAGCUCAAGCAUGCUCUCUCUGGCAAUGCCAAAGUCAAGUCCUUUGAUCCUAAGGUGACCUGCAAGCAAGAAUGCAUCAUCACAACUUUCCAGGAAGUCUACUUCGUUUCUGAAAGUUUUGAAGAAGCAAAGGAAAAGAUGAGAGAGUUUGCGAAAACAAUCAAGCGCCCGUUUGGAGUAAAGUACAACCCAUAUACGCAAAGCAUACAGAUCCUGAAAGACACCAAGAGCAUCGCUAGUGUGGUGAAUGAGCUGCGUCACGAAUUGGACAUUGUCAGCGAUGCCCUCAACAAGAUGGGCAAGCAACUGGGCAUCUAACUCGGCCAAUAAUCAUCAGCACUUUGCACUCAGCAGCUCUGUUUUUUUGUCCUGUUUUAUACAAAGAAACCUCCUCUCUAACAACAGAAAAAUGAAUGCCUAGUGGGGAUAGUUACUUUAACUUGCAUGUUUCCCUACUUAACACCCUUUGCCCUUACAAAAUGUUUGUGACCCCUCCGAUCCUCCCCACUUCAUAAACCAAUCAGGAAAGAAAUGGGCUGCAUUCAUCCUUGAGAAGCUGGUGUACCAAUACAGAAAUCACCAUAUUGGAUCAGAACAGAGGCCUGUCUAGUCCAAUAUCCUGUCUGUGCCAGUGGCUAGGGCCAGCUACUUCAGAAAAAGGUGCAGUAAACCCUAUGGGAUAAUCUAUCCCCAGGGAAAGUUUUCCUCCUAACCUCCACUAGUAAGAGGUUGGUUUAUGACCAACCCUGGCCCAGGGCCUUCAGUACCUCAAAGUUCACCAGGAGAAAGUUGCAGUGGUACAGGCCUUCCCCCCGGAAGGGGAAAAGUACUGAUCUGGGAAUUGAUGUGAUUGGAGAUGUGCUGAUUCUGAAGAUCCCCACUGGGUGGCAGCCUCUUUUGGAACAUAAAGCUGCUGAAUGAAAUCCUGACUCCACUGAAGUCAAUGGGAAUUUUGCCAUUGCCUUUAAUGGGGCCAUGAUUUUACCUGCUGUCCCUGGAGUAGCAUUUGAGGGAGGGCAGUAUUGGUAACACCACCUGCCCUCUGCCUGGGGAAUGAAUCCCACCAAGAUCAUGGCAAGCCUUGGUGGUGCAGGGAGCUGCAGUUUACACCGCUCUACUUCAGCUGGGGAGAAUGUAGACCUGUGUCUAACAGCAUUUUGAAAUGGUAUUUCAGUAUCCACAAUAGUCUUACAAAGGUGAUGAAGCCCAGUUCUUAAUAGCCACUGUCUAGUAUCAGUUUAUAUGGAAAAUAAAAGUCCCUUUGAUUACUCAUUCUCAUCACUGACCUUUCAA